AUGAUACUCAUUGAUGAGCUUCCUUUCAGAUUUGUAGAGGGGCAGGGGUUUAGAAAAUUUAUUCUUGUUGCAUGUCCUAGAUUUAAGAUCCCAUCUAGAUGGACUAUAAGUAGGGAUAUUUAUCAGAUUUUUUCUGAUGAGAGGGUAAAUCUGAAGAAACUGUUUAGGACUUCCUGCCAAAGAGUUAGUAUCACAACUGAUACUUGGACUUCUGUCCAAAGGAUAAACUAUAUGUGCAUCACUGCACAUUUUAUAGAUAACCAAUGGAAGUUACACAAAAAGAUCAUAUCAUUUGUCCCUGUCACCUCACAUAGGGGGGAAUACAUUGCCAAAGCCUUAGAAACCUGUCUUCUAGAGUGGGGGCUAAAUGCCAAAGCCUUAGAAACCUGUCUUCUAGAGUGGGGGCUAAAAAAUAUAUUCACUGUGACUGUUGACAAUGCCUCUAGUAAUGACACUGUAUUCACUGUGACUGUUGACAAUGCCUCUAGUAAUGACACUGCUAUGGGUUUCUUCAAAAAGAAUGCCUCUAGUAAUGACACUGCUAUGGGUUUCUUCAAAAAGAAUUUGCUGUCUUGGGGGGUUUCUUCUGUGAAAUGCAAUUAUGUGCACAUGAGAUGCAUUGCACAUGUCUUAAAUUUGAUUGUCCAGGAUGGGUUAAAGGAUGUAGACAGUUCUGUAAAGAAGGUGAGGGAUGCAGUUAGAUAUGUGAGAAAUUCUCCUGCUAGGCUAAAAAAAUUCAGGGACCUUGCUGAUUUAAUAGGGGUGGAAGCCAAGUCUAGUUUGACUCUUGAUGUACCAACUAGAUGGAACUCAACCUAUUUGAUGCUUAAGAAUGCAGUCACAUAUCAAAAGGUAUUUGAGGCCUAUGAAGAAAAUGAUAGUUCAUUCUCCACUGAUUUAGGUGAAUCUGUCCCAGAUUUUAUGGAUUGGUAUUCUGUUGAGCAUAUGGUCAAGUUGCUUAAAUGUUUUUAUGAAAUGACCCUAAGGAUUUCUGGUUCUCUGUAUGUGACUACCAAUAAUUUCUUCUCUGAAAUUUCUGACUUGUCUUGCAUGUUGUCUGAAAUGAUGGAAGCUGAAUCUGCCUCUGUUAAUCUAAUGGGUUCAAAUAUGAAAACGAAGUUUGAGAAAUAUUGGGGUGAUCCUGAUAAAAUGAAUGCCAUCAUUUUUUAUGCAAAUAUAUUGGAUCCAAGGGAUAAAAUUAUCAUUUUUUAUGCAAAUAUAUUGGAUCCAAGGGAUAAAAUUGUCAUUUUUUAUGCAAAUAUAUUGGAUCCAAGGGAUAAAAUUGCAUACAUGUAUGCAAAUAUAUUGGAUCCAAGGGAUAAAAUUGCAUACAUGUCAUACCAGUUCACACAACUGUAUGGUGAUGAUAAGGGAAAAUCUUGUUUCAAAAAUGUUUUAACUGGUCUGAAGAAUUUGUUUGAUGACUAUGUGCAUGGUUCAUCUGUUUCUGCUACUGCUGUCACUCCUGUCAGUGUUGAUUCUGCUACUGCUGUCACUGGUACAUCCCAGUCCCACUCUCAAUCUGUCACCAUUGGUAGACCACAGUCUAAACUGAAAUCUCAGUUAAAAAAGCAAAGAGUAGAGAGUGGUGAGUUGGGAGGCAAAAAAACUGAGCUGGAAAUCUAUCUAAGUGAGGAGAUUGUGGAAGAUGAAAAUCCUGAUUUUGACAUUUUAAAUUGGUGGAAGAUCAAUACUAGUAGGUUUCCUAUCCUCUCCCAAUUGGCUAGGGAUGUUCUUGUUGUUCCCAUUUCAACUGUAGCCUCUGCAUCUGCUUUUAGCACUAGUGGGAGAGUGCUAGAUGCAUUUAGGAGUUCAUUAACUCCUAGGAUAGUGGAAGCACUUGUUUGUGCCCAAGAUUGGAUGAGGUUGCCAAAUCAACCCAUCUCAGUAGAAGAAAAUCUGGAUGAAGUGGAGAGAUUAGAAACAGUUGGACUAUUGGAACUUGGAACUAUGAGGCAAGAACAAAUGGGCCAAAUUUGCAAGUUGCAACAGGAGGAAGAUGAGGAAUAG